CUCAGACUCUCGGGGUGUCGAGCGUGUCGAAUCGAGAGGGCCUUGAGAUUCAGUGUAUGGAGUGAUAAGUUUUUCUGCCGAAAACAUUAGCGCCGAGGUAAACGUACAGACGAAGCAACGAACUACGGUGGUUCGUUCGUCAUCGAGAUUAGUGUUGUCUGUGGUACUAAUUGCGCGUAAGCGAUAUAUAAAGCCAAGUAGCGGAACAAAAUAACGACGUCUGUGGAAAUUGGCCAUCUUGGAAAGAUAUGUCGUACCGUUUGAAACGUCAACAAUAUAGUGUGCACUGUUCGAUGCAUGCCGUCAGCUUGCUUUAACGCCACGGUCGACCAUACGCCUUAAUCAUAUCCGAAGUAAAAGGCGACACAGUGGCGUAUUUGACACGCGGACGUAAUCGCGAGAGGAAGCAGGCUCAGAUUCGUCGUUGAAGGAUGAAUCGCGGUGACGGAUUGGUGCAACGAAGACGCGUGGUUAACAGCAGCAGCGGCAGUAGCCUCGGCCAGGACGGUUCCAAUGAUACUACAAACGAUAAACUGUCCGGUCAUGGCGUGGACACAGAUACCAUGCAGAAAGACCUCAACUCGAAUCCUACGAUCGAUGACGAUUCUGAUAAGGAAACUAGACUGACGUUGAUGGAGGAAGUUCUGUUACUCGGUCUUAAAGACAAGGAGGGUUACACGUCGUUUUGGAACGAUUGUAUAAGUUCCGGUUUGCGCGGUUGUAUCUUGGCAGAACUCGGAUUCCGAGGUCGCGUCGAGUUAGAGAAAGCUGGUAUGCGUAAGAAGGGUCUACUGGUGAGGAAGCUUUUGCUGAAGAACGAUGCACCCACGGGAGAUGUUCUGUUGGACGAAGCAUUGAAACACAUAAAGGAAACAGAUCCUCCGGAGACUGUCCCCAGUUGGAUCGAAUAUCUCAGUGGGGAAACAUGGAAUCCACUAAAGAUGAGGUACCAAUUGAGAAAUGUCAGAGAGAGAUUAGCCAAGAAUCUUGUUGAGAAAGGUGUUUUAACAACAGAAAAACAGAAUUUCUUACUGUUUGAUAUGACUACUCAUCCCCUUACUGAUAACCUUGCCAAAAGUCGUCUUGUUAAAAAGAUUCAAGAAGCUGUGUUAAGCCGCUGGGUUAACGAUGCUGGCCGGAUGGACAGGCGAACGCUAGCUUUAGUUAUCUUAGCUCACGCAGCCGACGUGUUAGAAAACGCAUUUGCGCCGCUUUGCGACGACGAUUACGAGGUAGCGAUGCGGCGAGUACGGACGUUACUGGAUCUCGAUUUCGAGGCGGAAGCCACUAAACCCAAUGCCAAUCCAGUCCUCUGGGCAGUAUUUGCCGCAUUCACUAAGUAACAGCCCUUGAAGGGAAAAGGAGGAACCUGCAAAGUGUAUAAAGCGAAUACUGAGUACUCACGUGAAACUGUACGCGUACUCGGGACUGUCAAUUUUGCAUGAAUUUUAGUUGCAAACCGAGUAAAUGGAAUAGCUGCAAUCAUUGGUAAAACGAGCAUACACGAUUCAGACCAAAUACCUUGAUAACCGACCCGACUGUGUAAAGCAGAUCUUAGAAUAUUAGUCGUUUCCAUUAUUGUUAUUUAAUACAUUUGAUAGCUGAAUUAUGACUGUUCAUAUUUAAAUAUUACAAAGGAAAAGAUGUGGAAAUCUAACGGAACUUAAAACGUGUGAAUGGGAGAUAGAUUCGCGUGCGCGGGGGGUGGUGCCAUGAAAAAUUUUGUCCCAUAUCUUCUCAGUGUCUACCGUGUCGGCACAUAGACUCGCAGUUAUGUUUCACAGAUCGGUGAUCGGUGGCCAACGUUCGGACGAGAAGUGCCACAUUUCUUUACUAGCUGAACGAAAGUAUAACCCUUUGCACAGUUGUGAUUCACGACAACGACGACGACGAAAACUUUCAUUUCUUGUCUCGUCUUUAGAUAAACCGGCUCAUGGUAUCUAUCUAGACUUACUUCCAAAACAUUUUCGUUUCUUGUUAAAUAAAUGUACAUUUCGUAGCUUCCCUAGGUGGCAGUAAAGUACUCGGGACGUGUCUGAAGUAGAAUCAUUAUUUGAACGUUGCAGUCGUUGCACGGUGACCGCGCGUGCAGCGAACGUGGGAUGUAGUUUCGAACGAAAUGUCGUUGAUAACUUCUUAAUUAAUGCAGGGCGUGAUUAGUUUUGUUACUAACUACGUUGCUAUUAUUAACAUUAUACAAUGUGUCGUAUAAGUAGUGCUGGGAGGGAGGGAAAAUGGUCGCAAUCAGUGGAACCGAUUCGCGGGGAUGAUAUCUUAAAUAAGGAGGGAAACUGUCGCCCUUUUAAUGAUGACAAAAUGUAAGUAAAGUAUCAGUAAUAUAUACCAUCUUCUGCAAAUCCUCUCUUGAGUGUAUAUAGGAUGGUCAAGAAAUAUUUAAUCGUUAUUUUAUGUCUACGGUGGAUCGCGUAUUUUAUUUUCUCUAACAUUCAAGUCCUUGUGUUUGUUCCCGGACAAAUAUCAAAUUCUCAACGUCUAACUACCAGUGGCAUUUCAGUGUAUUUAAUUCACGUUUGUGAAUCUGUCUGAUAUCUUCGUAACGGAAGGUGUACCUACGCUUGUUGUUAUCUUCGACAAUAUUUGUGCCGAUCAUAUUGAUUUGAAUGUAAACGUUUUGUAUCAUCAUCGUUUGUUUAAUUAAUAAAUUUUAUGUGUACAUAAUUUGAAUAUCAAUUUUAGCGUUAUAAAUUUGUACGAUUUAAGAAUCGAGUAUUGUUUGAUUAAUAUUUCUUGGAACAUCCUGUAUCUAUACAACAGGGAUUCUCUAUAUAACUUUGUACAACGUAUUAAGAUCAUUUCAUAUGUUUAAAUAGCUAUGUAUUAUAGAACAGUACAUUUAUUUUUAUCUAUAAACACACAUACAUAUAUAUUAUAUAUAUAUACACACAUACACACACACACAAACGAGAGACAAGAAGAAAUAGACACUUUCAAAUCUCAAUAUUGCUGCCUUAGUAUUAUGAGAGAUUGUAAAACAUUAGAUUAUUUGAUUAUGUUAUCGCAACAUUAAACUGCAAAUGGACAUUCACCACGAAGGGUUUGAAAAUUAACGCUAUUGUUAAAUUUCUUGUAAUACGACGAACAGUUAAUAAACAUCAUAAUUUUAUACUUGCA